CUGCGAAAACAUCGAUGCACGCGCUGCUUCGACCCGAAAAGUGUGGUAUUUGCCCAGCGAUUGAUCUCAAAGUGCGGUAAAAAGUAUAAAUUAUACCAAAAACAAUAUACCAAGUGCAUUGACGCAUUUUUCGAGCACUGCGCUGGUGCCUCAUACAUGUUCGCUGGUCUCGGGCGGCUCUUACGAAAAUGUCUAGUGAAAUGAACGACGAGGCUGAGGUAUACAAACUGUGGCACAUUCGGAAGACUUUGUUCGAAAUGAGCCACGAUCGCGGCUAUUUGGUGACGUCGGCCGAGCUGGACCAGACGGUGGAGCAGUUCACGGAGCUGUUCGGCGACAAGCCGAGCGAGCAGAGGCCGAUGCGGUCCGACCUCACUAUGUUGCUGAGCCACGCCGAUGAUCCGAAGAACCGGAUGUUGGUGUUCUUCCCCGAGGAGCCGAAGGUCGCCGUCAAGACCAUCAAAGCGUACGCCCACCGUAUGGAGGGCGAGGGUAUUCAUCGGGCCAUCCUUGUGGUCCGGGACUGCUUGACGCCCCCGGCCAAGCAGUCGAUAAUGGCCAUGGCCCCCCUGUACAUUAUGGAACAGUUUCUGGAGUCCGAAUUGACCAUCAACGUCACGAAGCACGAGCUGGUGCCGCAGCAUGUGGUACUGUCGGAUGUGGAGAAGAAGCAGCUCUUCCGUUGCUACCGGCUGAAGGAGAGCCAGAUGAUGCGGAUGCUGUCCAGCGAUCCAGUGGCCCGUUACUACGGCCUCAAGCCGGGCCAAGUGGUGAAGAUCGUCCGUGCCUCGGAGUCGGCCGGUAAAUACAUCUCCUACCGCAUCGUCUGCUGAAUGACGGAUCAUCAAAUUGCCGUGCCGUUGUAAUUUCAAUAAACAUAUUCAAUAAAAGGCGUUUCAAGAGUA